CACACUUCAAAUAAAACAAAAUCAAGCAAAAAAUUCAAAAGGCAAGCAGUUUGAUGCCCCAGUCGUUUUAUAUUCAUUUUUGUAGAAGCAUUUGUAACGCACGUAUCUCAACGCAAAUUUAUUCUCAAUAAAAAAAAACUAAAAAAAAAUUUCGAAAAUAAAUUCCAAACAAUUCCGGCACAAAUCGAAUUGAAAUAUAAAUAAAUCAUGGAUAUUGUAAAGUUGAAGAAGAUGGAGGAUUCGGUACGUAUUGGCGGCAAGGGCUCGGUCCGCCGUAAGCACAAGCACGUCCAGACCUCCUCGAACCUGGAGGAGAAGCGUCUGCAGGCUACACUUGGGAAGCUAUCGCUCAACCAGAUGCCGGGCAUCCAGCAGAUCAGCGUCCAGAUGAAGGACGGCAACGAGAUCAUCGUCCCAAUGCCCAAGGUCCAGGGCUCAGUGGUCAGCAAUCUGUUCGUGAUCACCGGGGAGUUGGUGCGUGUGCCAAGUGUUGCCAAGAAGGAGGCCGAGGCAGCUGCUGCUGCCGCCCAAGCUGCCGCCGCCGCCGCCGCCCAGGCUGCCCAAGCGGCCCAGACUGGGAAGACCGGACGCCAGUUGCCAGGACAGGGCAAGGAGACCGGCAAGAAGGGCAAGAAGCCACGCAAUCGCAUUCGCUGCCGCAACAAGCGCGCCCAGAUGCUGCAGCACUUGGUGGAGGCCGGAGACUCCGGAGCUCAGCCGAAUGGUGGAGGAGAUGCCCCAGCCGAAUCGGAGGACCGUCAGGGUGGCGGUGACUUCGGACCCAAGGAGGCUGUCGACGAUAAUAUCUCAACUGGCAGCCAGAACCUGUCGCAGGACCUGGCCGAAGAUGGCUCCAAUCUCAGUGCCGACUCGGACAAGACCAAUGUGCCGUCGGAUAGCUCCGACAUGGACCAGACCCUUGUGGGUGAUGACGAAUCCCUGGCCGGGGACAGUAUCUUUAGCCAGCCGGCGUCCAAGGGCAGCGAUAAUCUCGAAGAUGGCAACGUGGCCACCGAGCUGGACUUCGAGAUGGACGCUGGCCACUGCGAUGGCUGUGAGAAUGUCUACAUGAACUAUGAUGAGGACCACUACAACGAUGAUGAGGACGCCCUGAACGUCAACUACAAUAACUUCAAUCACGAUGACGACGAAAUGAACGCCAACUAUGAGCAGUACAACCACAAUGCCACUCUGAACAUCGACUUUAAUAACUUCAAUAACGAUAAUGACGCCGCCGCUUCGAAUGCCAACUAUGCCGAGCCACUGAACUACAAUCUUGAGAACUUCAACAUCAACUUCGAGAACUUGUCCCUUAAUGAUAAUGCCUUGAACGAUGAUUUCGAAGCGUUUACAGAUCAGAUAGCCCCCAGCAGCGAGAAAGAAUCAUUCGAGGACGAGGCCCAAAAUAUGACCGAAGAAGAUGUCACUGAGAUCGAUGCCGAAGGCGAGACUGAAGAUGGCACCCAGGAGGAGGCCGAAGCCAGUUCAGAGUCGGAGUCCGGUGUUUGCUCCAUUGAGAAGUGUCCCAAGGGAUCACUUCCAUUCGGCAAGAAGAUGAAGCAUAUUCUGCAACAGCAGAUCAUGGGCAUCAAGGUGCCGAAGGUCAAUGCCGAGAUGAGUCCAGAGGCUGCCGAGAAAGAGCCAGAAACCAUGGCCAUGAACCAUGAUGAGGUCCAGGCUGAGACUGAAGCCAAGAUCGAGUGCAGCUCUGAGGUCCAUGCUGAGACUGAAGCCAAGAUCGAGUGCAGCUCUGAGGCAGAAACCGAAGGACAAGUCGAGGCCAUCGCUGAGGUCCCCAACGAGGAGGGACGCCCGAAUAACUAAUCAGAUUGUUAACGUAUUUUUGCGGUGGCGGAUCCUUUGAUCCCGAUCAUCCGCCACCGCCAGCACUUUCCGAAAAUCUAUCCUAUCCCCCUUUCGGCCAUUUGUAAUCGAAUUCUAUACGUUCCACCUUCUGGUUAAAUUUUCAUCAAGUUUGUCUAGUUUUAAUGUACAAUUCGGAUCGAUAAGUAGCGAGACUCCCCCAUUUUGAUGGAAGGUGAGAAUAACUGCUGAAUAAAGCUCUACUUAUCGAAGUUAAA